CGAUCGGUGGUGGUGGCUGUGUUUGUGUUAUGGUGAUAAUAGAAUUUCGUAUCUUUUCAUUAAAAUAAUUAAUGACAAGGCGGCAAUGGCUAAUUACACGUUUAAUGGAUGUGUGACCAGCAAUUUAUUAUAAGAUAGUGCGGUAGUAUUAUGAUCGAACGGGCGACCGUUGUUGUCCGGCCGAUCGAAGUGAUAAUCAACGGUAUUACUAUGUGAAAUCAUAGCAUUGUGGGUGUGUGCAGUUGACAACAAUUUGAAGAAUUUUGCCUUAGAUUGAAGGAUGGGUAAAGACCAAGAUCUUGUGAUUGCUGCCAAAACUGGCAAUUUGAGUGCAGUUGAAAAAAUACUAGUGCAAAAAGCCAAAAGAACCGGGCCCUUAGCUAGUUUAAGAAGAGGAGCUGGUGUCAAUACUCAAGAUCAGUCUGGUUUUACAGCAUUACAUCAUGCUUCACUCAAUGCAUAUAAGGAAAUAGUUCAACUUUUAUUAUGUAAUGAAGCAUCAACAAAUGUUGUUGAUCAUAAAGGCGCUGCACCAUUGCACUUAGCAGCAUGGACUGGUAAUGUAGAUAUUGUGCGUUUAUUAUUGUGUCAUGGGCCUUCAAUUCCCAAUGUGAAUCACAUGACUAAAAACCGAGAGACACCUUUACAUUGUGCAGCUCAAUAUGGUCAUUCAGGUGUAGUUGCACUGCUAAUAGAGCAUGGUGCUGAUCCUACAAUAAGAAACCACAAACAUGAAACGGCUUUAGACUUGUGCGCACAAUAUGGAAGGUUUGAAACUGUAGAGUUAAUCAUAACAAAACGCCCCGAAUUGAUUAGAUCAUAUAACUCUCGUGCUGCGGGUAUUAUGUUUGCACAUACCCCAUUACAUUUAGCAAGUCGCAAUGGGCAUAAGACUGUCGUAGAACUGUUACUUGAUGCCGGAAUGGACGUAAAUGUUCGUACUGGCAGCGGUACAGCUCUUCAUGAAGCUGCUCAAUGUGGCAAGACUGAAGUAGCUAGAUUACUCCUAGAUCAUGGUGUUAAUACUCACAUAAGAGAUAUUCAUAGACGCACUGUUGAGGAUCUUCUUAAGCAAUUUCCAUCAAAAGCAGGGCCUGCUGUUGAAAUUUCAGCUAUGUUACAAAAUCAUCAGUUUAAUAAUAACUAUGAAAGUGAUAUGGAACCUGAUAAAAGAAGUGAAAAUAGUGAACCUGUUCCAUUGAAUAGUCCUUACGAUGGUAUGCUAUCACCUAGUCCUUCACCUACUCGAUGGGAAAUGUAUAAAAAUCGACGUGUUUCUGAAUCUUCAGCAUUUUCUUCUGAUGGACACUAUCUUACUGGUAGAGGAUACAAAAGUGGGCCACCGACUGCAUUAUCCAGAUCUUUAAUUGAAUCUAAUUUUCUUUCUGGUCCAGAGUUAGAUACUGUUAGUAUUAGUUCUUCAACUGCUUCUAGUGGUCAUAGACCCACGUCUUCCUCAUUCUAUUUGCCAAUGGCCCCAUCAAGCCCAGCCACAUCUAAUAUAUCUCCUAUGACAUCAAAAAGACUGAUACCUGAAACUGAUUCACCAUUAAGAGUAUCCGCUACUAAUAGUGGUGGUCCUUAUGAAUAUUUGUAUUUUGCAACUUCUGGUUCUCCUUCUUCCGAUAUUAACCGUAGAAAUGAUACAAUGCGACGAGGAGUGUCUGCUGAUCAUUAUGUUGAUAUGGAAUUACGGCCAAAAUUAAGUGAAGAGCCUGUUGCAUUAAUGUCAAUUUAUCAAAAUGUUCCUAUGCGAACGACAAAUCCUCGAAGAAAGCUCAAACGUCAUGAUAAAGAUCCUGGUGCAAUAUUAUCUCGAGGUGAUUUGCAAUUUAAACGCGUUGAACUUGAACCAGCAACUUUAAAUCAAGUCGUUAUUUCUGAUCGUAAUGGUUUCAUUACCACUACAAUUUCCUCGUCAAAAGAAAGUCUUUUGGACAAUGCCAACACACCUUCGGCUGAUUGGCCUCUAAGUCCUACACAUUAUGUACAGCCACCUACACCAGAUCACCCACCUCCAUCCCCUUUUCAAGCUGAACGCAGUAUACAUGCAAGAAUACGACCUUUAAGUCAAGAAUACAUAAAUUUAAAAAGAAAAUCGAGAGAUAUGGAAACAGAAACGGAAGAGGAUUUAUUGGUUGUUUCCUGGGAGCCUGUAUCUCAAGUUUCAUUUUAUGAUAAAAGUGUUUCUACAAGUGAAGAAACAUCCGUCGAAGAAUUUGUCGGUGAUGCCACAUUUGCAGGUCUCUUGAAAGGAUCAGUGAAUGUUAAUCGAGCUGAAAGACCAAAAACACUGCGAAAAUUAAGAACAGUUUACGAUCCUCCAGUUCUAGCUAAGUCCCCUGGUUCAGUAGAUGAUCAAUCUAAAAAUUCUUCAAAAGACAUUUUGAGCCCAUUUGAUGAACAAGAAGAAUGGGCUAAAAUAUCUGAUCUAAUAAAAAAUCUAGGAGAAGGAAAUAAUAAAGAAUCUAUGUGUAGUGAAUUAGAAAAAGAAUUUCAAUCAAGGCUUGGAUUAAGUAGAUCGGAAAGCAAAGAAAAAUCUCAAACUGACAUUGAAAGUCCAACUACAGUUAAAUCUUGGCUAUUCGGGCUAGGUUUUGGAGAUAUUACAACAAAAUUUAUAGAUUAUGGAUAUGAUAAUUUGGAUUUUAUUUGUGGAGUCUUAAUUGAAGCUGAUUUGAAAGAAAUGGGGAUUGAAAAUGAAAACGAUCGAUCAAAAAUUUUAGAAGCAGCAAAUGAUUUACCUCGAUUAGUAAAAGACUUUUGGUUCACAAACUGCUCAAAAAACGCUUCCGAAGUUAAAAGUAAAUCUAUAGAUGAUCUUGACGCAAUUGAAAAUGAAGAAAGCUCGAAAAAAGUUGAACAAUGGCUGACAAGCAUUGGAUUACCUUGUUACAUAGAUACUUUCCGUAAACAUCUAUAUAUCGAUUUGGAACGUAUAGCGAGGAUUUGGGAGGUUGAACUAACAUCAGUAUUAGAAAUUCAUAAACCUGGACAUAGACGAAGAAUAUUGUCAUCAGUAGAAAAUACAAAAUCUCAAUUGCAUCAAGCUGUUUCUGUGGGUGACGGUUUAAAUGAUAUUGGCAAUGAUCUGGUUCAAAUUAAAAAAAAUAUACAGUCUUUAAAAGAUAAAAUACCCUCCAAGCAUUGUUCUCAAUUAGUUUCGGGUACAGCAACUCUUAGGCAUAAUCCUAAAAAAUCUAGACAUGCUCCUUUACCGCCUCCUUUUCAAAAUUUACCUUCGAAUCAAAAUAAUGACUUAAUAAUCCGAGAUCCAUCGGAAUUACUCUUUGGCGUUCCUUCAACAUUGACUACUCAAUGGAGACACCAACCUACUGCACUCGUGACCGGAAACGUUAAAUAUAUUGCAUCGUACUUGGGUUCAACUGAAGUUAAAGAACCUAGAGGAACCGAAUCCACCAAAUUGUCAAUUCAAAAGCUAAAGCAAACCAUCGCCAAUGGCACACGAAAAUCACUUCCUGUCGUAGCUCUCGUCAUAUCCUAUAGAGGUGUUCGAUUUAUGGAUCCAAAUAGUGGAGCAUCAGUUUGUGAACAUGAGAUUCGUAAUAUCAAUUGUGCUUGUCAAGAUGCCGAUGAUUUAAAUCAUUUUGCUUACAUUACAAAAGACCACCAUACAAGUUCACAUUACAGCCAUGUAUUUAGCGUAUCGACUAUGGAUCAAGCUACUGAGAUUAUAUUAACAUUAGGCCAAGCGUUCGAGGUAGCAUAUCAGAUGGCGCUGAAAACAAGAACUGCCAGUAAUUCUCGAGCUGCUAGUAAUGGCCAUACAAGGUCACAUUCUGCCAACCACGUACUUCCACCGUCAGGGACACGAGAGUCGGUUCACAGUAAUUCCCAUCAACACUAUCGGUCUCAUUCGGUAAAUGAGAUAAAAAUAAACGGUAUUCAGAAAGAUGAUUCAACUGGUAAAUCAGGUCGUUAAUCUGGUUUUUUACUAUAUGUUAACUUAUGAGUGGCAAUCGAUAGUUACCAAAAUAUUAUGUUGAUGUCUAAUUAAUAAUACACAGCAUCCAAAAUACUUCAUACUAUCAUUUAUAAAAUGCUCAAAAAUUAUGAAAAAAGAACUUGCUCUUUUUAUAUUUACAUACAUGUUAUAAGUUUUUUUAUAAAUGGUUUUUGAACUUUGAUAAAACAUUUGAAGAAUUUUUACUUUAGUACUAACAUGAAGUUUCAUCUUCUCAAAUGCCAUAAAUGUGUAAAAAAAUUUUAUUCAUAAUUUUUUAGUCAAAGUAACUUAAUCUAAUAUUUGUCUUUCUUUAUAUUAUUGCAUUAUUUCUUAAUUAUAUGUUAUAAAUAUACUCAGCUCAGUUGUUUAUCAAAUACAAAUAGAAAAUAGGUGCUAAAACCUAAUAAUUUACUUGGGCGUUCCUAUUUAAAUAACUUAAGAAAUAGUAUUUAAGUAUAAAGUACGUCUGCCAUAACUCAACUAUAAAACGAGGCCAAAUUAAAUUUUUCAUCCAAUUUUUGUGAUAUUUUUAUUACUUUUUUUUAUAUUGAUUUCUCAUUGCUUUGUUUUCUUAUUUUUUUUAGUAUAAAAUAAUUUACUAUCUCAUUUUUAUUGUAUCUAAUUUUUUAACUGCGAAAACGUAACACCAAAAUAAAAACCAAAAAAUAUAACACUUAUUUUAUUAGAUUACUGUAAUUACAUAUCUUGAAUUACAUGAAAAUGUAAAAAUAUUUUACCUUAGUUUGUCUUUCAGCCCAUUAUUAUACUAGCGUUGAUAUUGUUAUAAUCUGUUUACUUGUUUGCUUUGUUUAUGUAUUUUAUUAUAUAGAAAUAUUUAUUAGACUUACAAUUAAAAUUAUGAUCUGCAAUAAGACAUCACGUUACAAAACUAAAAAUAUCUAUAGGAGCAUCUUUAACACAAGUAAUACUUUACCUGUUUAUGUAUUACUAAAAUUAAUUGUGUCAAUUGGUUGUGAACGUGUGUGCCAUACUACAAUCAUUGUUGUGAAAUUUAAUCCAAAUUAAAAAAUAAUAACUAUGUAUAAUAAAGUAUACUUACAUGUUUAAAA